GGUCAGGGACACAAUGCCAAUGGGCGCCGAAUUACAUUUUAUACAGUGAGUAGUGAGCAAGCUGUAUUUUCUUCCCAAAUCCCGGGAGUGGAACUUUUUGCACCAAGAAACACAGAGAGAUAAAGGUCCGGACAAAAGCUGCAGGAAUGUCCGAAGUUAGUCUUGAGGCUGAGUCCGGGAAGGCUCCAGCCCAGGGACUGCAAAUGAAUUCUUCUAAGGAGGCUCAGAAUACUGAGGACUUUCAAAGAGAGAGCGAGGAGGAUGCUCACAGCUUUGAUAGUACUGAAUAUGUUCUGAACAAUGAUGAAGUGCCUCAUGAUGACAGAGCUGAAAACGACAGUGAUGUUCAAAAUGACAACGAUAAUGCUGAAAACAGCGAUGAUGCUCAAAAUGAUGAUGAUGUUAAGAGCGACAAUGACAUUAUGCAAAACAGUGUGAAUGCUGAGCAUAAUGAUGGUGUUCCAAACACUAGUGGCAAUGCACAUUCCGAAAAUGCCGGUGCUAAAAGGGAAAAUUGCCAUAUAGUGACUACUGAUGAUAAUACACCAAAGGAAGAUGAUCCCCAAAAGAAAAAUGAAGAUUCUCUCACUCAUACAAAGGAGAGCACUAUGGAUGAGGAGGUCCACAGGAGCCCUGCGGCAGAGAUAUCGGUCACCAGCAAUGGAGACUUGGAGGAGAGCCACGAGGAUGUGUUCAGGGACCCUUCUUACGGUGACCUGAACCUGUCAGAAAGCCACAUCCGCUCCGGUAACUUUGCCUCGAUGACAGAGGGCAUUAUUGAAUCAGGACCAUACAAAGGCACUAUGCAAGGGCAGCCACAGAGCGGGCCGGUGGUCCUGGCAGACGACCUGAAGAACCCGGCCAUGGAGAAACUGGACCUAGUGAGGAAGUGGAGCAUCAACACGUACAAAUGCACCAGGCAGAUCUUGUCAGAGAAGCUGGGCCGUGGCUCACGGACGGUGGACCUGGAGCUGGAGGGGCAGAUCGAAGUGCUGCGUGACAACAAGCGCAAGUACGAGCACGUGGUCAAGCUGACCCAGACACUGGCCAACCAGCUCACCCAGAUGAUGCAGACUCAGCGGCAACUGGGCGACGCCUUCACUGACCUCGGCCUUAAGUCGCCGGAGCUUCAUGAGGAGUUUGGCUACAAUGCUGACACUCAAAAUCUUGUCCAAAAUGGGGAGACCCUAAUGGGGUCGAUCAACUUUUUCAUCGCCAGCGUGAACACACUGGUGGACAAAACAAUUGAGGACACUAUGAUUAACAUCAAACAGUAUGAAACUGCCAGGGUUGAAUAUGACGUGUCCGCACAGACCUGGAGGAAUUGAACCUGGAGCCCGCGGGAUGCCACCACGCUUCCCAAGAUAGAACACUCCCAGCAGCAGUUCCAGAUCCACCGCGAGAAGUACGAGAAGAUGCGCAACGAUGUCUCCGUCAAGCUCAAAUUCCUGGAAGAGAACAAGGUGAAAGUGUUGCACAACCAGUUGAUCCUCUUCCACAAUGCAAUCGCGGCGUACUAUGCAGGAAACCAGCAGCAGCUGGAUCAGACGCUCAAGGAGUUCCACAUCAAGUUGAAAAUGCCCGGUGGCGACACGCCAUCUUGGCUGGAGGAGCACUAAUCAACCGACCCACCCCUCCCCAAAAAAUCCACAGUGGUUUGGUCUGGAGAGACUCCAGAAUGAUCAUGAAACAACAGGAAACGCUCUCCUCUCCCUCUCUGCCUCUGUUCCCUGCACUCUUCUUCAGGAUUGUAAAACUUUUUUAGGCAAAAGCGAA